UUCCGAUUUGCCAUGGGAAUGACCCAGGCUCUCCUGACAGCGUUCAUGAUCUCUUCCAGUUCAGCAACACUGCCUGUCACUUUCCACUGUGCAGAAGAAAAGAACCAUGUGGACAAGAGGAUCACUCGAUUCAUGUUGCCCGUUGGUGCCACAAUCAACAUGGAUGGGGCUGCACUCUAUGAGGCAAUGGCAGCAAUGUUUAUCGCACAGUUGAAUGACAUGGACUUGAGCAUCGGGCAGCUCAUCACUCUCAGGUUUCCGGGCAAUCAGUACUCAAUGAAACAGCAAUGGCGUCACAGCUACAGCUGCCAGCAUUGGAGCUGCCGGUGUGCCCCAGGCUGGCAUGGUGAUCAUGGUGAUUGUGCUGAGUGCUGUGGGGCUGCCCGCUGAGGAUGUCACCGUGAUCAUUGCUGUCGACUGGC